UAAUAUCUAUGCCAGGGCCUAGGCCUAGGGCCGCCAGGCAACUCCGCCUUACAAAAAACUGAUGGCCUCUUCCAGACUCGUUCUCUAUUCAUUGACAGGAUUGAGUGGAAUCUUAAAUUGAAUCUACUAUUAAGACUAAGUACUAACUUAGUCUGGUGACCUAAUCAACUUCUAAAAAGAAUCAAUCUUGAGGGUUGAUGCCAAAGAAUUCUUUAAUCAUGCAGACCUCAUCAUCUGAAGGAAACAUUACCACUUCAAGUACUACUGCUUUGAAUAAUAGAUCAUUUCAAAAAGAAGAUAGUGUUCAGUUAUUAUCACAAGGAGCUGAAGAAAUUAAUAAGGAGUUAUAUGAAGCUGCUGAAAGAGGUGAUUCUACUGGUGUCCAGUCUGCACUGUCUCAAGGAGCUAAUGUAAACUAUCAGAAUCCGGAUGAAGCUACUUCUCUUCUUGUUGCUGCAAGAGAAGGAUAUCAUGAUAUUGUACAAAUUUUAUUGUCUGAAGGAGCUGAUAUGAACCUCAGAGAUAUAGAAGGAGAUACUGCUCUUAUUGAAGCAGCAAGAGGAGGAAACUGUGACAUUGUAGAAUUACUGCUGAAGAAAGGAGCUGAUCCUUUACAUUCAAACGAUGGUGGAGCUACUUCUCUUCAUGAUGCUGCAAGGGAAGGAUAUCAUGAUGUUGUACAAAUUUUAUUGUCUGCAAGAGCUGAUGUGAACCUCAGAGAUAUAGCUGGUGAUACUGCUCUUAUUGCAGCAGCAAGAGGAGGAAACUGUGAUGUUGUAGAAUUACUGCUGAAGAAAGGAGCUGAUCCUUCACAUUCAAACAAUUAUGGAAAUACUGCUCUUAUUGUAGCAGCAGAGGAAGGACAUUAUGACAUUGUACAGCUGCUAUUAAAUAAUGGAGCUGAUCAAAGCACUGCAAAUUAUGUGAGUAUCAUGUAA